GUGUUUGGUUACAAGUACAUGUUCAGGAGAGCGCUCCUUUCUCCUCUCAUCCAUCUCCAACGUCGCCCGUUUACAUCGCGCAUAAACACCCUCCGCCCGCCUACCUACACUUGCAUCCACCCCGUCGCAAUGUCCGCUCAAGCUGCCCAGCCAGCUCAGGAAGACAUGGCCGUGGUCGCCCCGAACGCAGAGGCCGAUCCUGCCAACGUCGCUGCCCAUGCCCCGCAAGUUGACGAAGAUUCCGAGAUGAGCGAAGAGGAGCAGCCAUUAAAGAAGACCAAUGGCGCCAGGAAGAGAGCGGACAGUAGCGAUGAGGAGGAGAAGCCACUCGCCAAGAAGGUCAAGGCGAAUGGUGCAGCAAAGCGACGUGUGGUAGCCAGCAGCGACGAGGAAAGCGACGAACCUCUCUCGGUAUGUUGCAGACGCGUCUUUCAACAUUGCAACAUGGCCCGUGCGCUGACGGACGCGUCGGGCGGUUAAACAGCAAAAAGCGAAACGGACCACCAAGAAGGCUGCUGCUUCUGACUCUGAGGAGGAGGAGAAACCACUGGCGAAGAAGGCGACCAACGGCAAGAGCAAGGUCAAGAAGGAAAUCCCUGCUAGCUCCCCUCCUGUAGAAUCCUCCGAGGAGGAACAAAAGUUUCUGGCCAAGAAACCCGCUCGACGCGCCUCAACAAAAAAGGCUGUAAAGGAAGAGAGUGGUUCCGAAGAUUCUGAAGAUGAGAAGCCCGCCAAGAAGAAGCCUGCCAAGCGCGCUCCCGCUAAAAAGGUCAAGAAGGAGGAGACAAAAUCAGAGGAAGAGGAAAAGCCCCUGGCGAAGAAGGGCAAGGCCGCUACAAAGAAGGAGGCUGUCAAAUCAGAGAAAGGCGGGAAGAAGAAGACAAAGAAGGAAGAGGAAGAGGAAGAAGACAAGUACAAAUGGUGGGAAGAGCAAGAUGCUAUGGGCGAUGGUUCUGUCAAAUGGACCGUCCUUCAGCACAACGGUGUCUUGUUCCCUCCUCCAUAUGUCCCUCUCCCCAAGAACGUCAAGAUGAAGUAUGAUGGUGUCCCUCUUACCCUUCCUCCCGAGACCGAAGAAGUCGCCGGCUUCUUUGGUGCCCUUCUCGAAACCGAUCACGCUCAGGAUGAAAAGUUUCAAGAAAACUUCUUCCGCGACUUCAAAGAGAUUGCUGCAAAGUUCCCGCCAGAAGAACCCGUCAAGAUCAAGAGCUUUGAAAAGUGUGACUUUAGGCCGAUGUUUGAGUACUUUGAGAAGGAAAAGGAGAAGAAGAAGGCGAUGACCAAGGAUGAGAAGAAGGCCAUCAAGGAGGAAAAGGACAAGCUGGAAGCGCCGUACCUCUUUGCCAACGUAGAUGGAAGACAAGAGAAGCUCGGUAACUUCCGUGCCGAACCUCCUGGAUUGUUCAAGGGUCGUGGUGAACACCCAAAGAAGGGCACGGUCAAGAACCGUCUCCGACCCGAGGACAUCAUCUUGAAUAUCGGCAAAGAGGCGACUAUCCCGAUUCCCAAUGUUCCCGGUGAAUGGAAGGGUGUUCAGCAUGAUAACACUGUCACUUGGCUCGCCUACUGGAAGGAGAACGUGAAUGGAAACACGAAAUAUGUGUUCUUGAGCGCUGGUAGUGCUUGGAAGGGUCAGAGUGAUCGUGCCAAGUUUGAAAAGGCUCGAGAGCUUAUUAAACACGUCGAUCAAAUCCGAAAAGACUACACAAACGACCUCAAGUCCAAGGUCAUGGCCGACCGUCAACGUGCUACCGCUCUCUACUUUAUCGAUAUCCUCGCUCUGCGUGCUGGUAACGAAAAAGGUGAAGACGAGGCAGACACUGUCGGUUGUUGUUCCUUGCGAUACGAGCACGUCACGCUGCAACCUCCUAAUACCCUGAUCUUUGAUUUCUUGGGUAAGGAUUCGAUGAGAUUCCAUCAGGUCGUGGAGGUCACCCCUCAGGUGUUUAAGAAUAUCAAGUUGUUCAAGGCUGAACCCAAGAAGAAGGGCGACGAUAUCUUUGACCGAUUGACUACUUCGCUUGUGAACAAGCAUCUCAAUAGCAUGAUGCCUGGUCUCACCGCCAAGGUCUUCCGUACCUACAACGCCUCUUGGACUUUCCAACAGCAAUUGGACAAGAACACUCCCGAGAAGGGCACCGUGGCUGAAAAGAUUGCUGCCUACAAUGAUGCGAACAGAGAUGUCGCCAUUCUGUGUAACCAUCAAAAGAGUGUCAGCAAGGGCUUUGACAGUAGUUUCGCGAAGGCUGAGGACAAGCUCCGAGCCCUCAAGUACCAGCGUAUGAAGCUUCGCCUCCAGCUUUUCGCCAUCGACCCCAAGCUGAAAAAGAAGCACAAGGAGCUCGCCGAGGAUGAGUCGGACGUGGACGACGAGUUUAUCGAACGACACGAGGAGGAGCUGUUAGAGAAGGCUUUGGAGACUGCCAAAAAGAAGUUUGACACGGAUAAUGUCAAGGCUGAGAAGGAUGACAAGCCGAAGAGGAAGAAGAAGGAUUUGGAGGAGAGGCUGGACGAGAUCAAGGCGGAGUUUAAGGAGUUGAAGAAGGAGCGAAAGUCGAAGAAGAUCGAGCCGAAGAGAGGCGCUACGGAGGACAAGCUCCUCGCCCAGAUCUCCAAGAUGGACGAACGGAUCGCCACAAGCAAGGUGCAGCUUCGGGACCGAGCAAACCUCAAGGAUGUUGCCCUUGGUACCUCCAAGAUCAACUAUAUCGACCCCCGGUUGACUGUUGCCUGGGCCAAGAAGUAUGAGGUGCCUCUUGAGAAGCUCUUCUCUAAGACAUUGCGCGAAAAGUUCCCCUGGGCUGAGGCCGAGGCUGGUCCCGACUGGAGAUUCUAAACUGAAAGACCUUGUUGGCUGUCUUUUUUGGUGCAGCUCUGCGCUCAUAUAAAAAUCAAAUACAUUACAUCUAGCAUAUACCGCUCUACAAUUGAGUCUAGGGUCUGGCAUUCAUAUAUCGGAAUAGGUUGAUUUGCAUGCACAUGUUGUUCCAG